AUGUCGCAACCAACAUACGAGUACCGGCCUUUGGAUCCAUCGGGAACCAAUAUCCGAUUGCUAAGGCUGCUUCCUGCCGCCGACGCGGAUUCUCCGCUCCAGAGCGCGCUGCUGCACGUCGACCUGGCCUCGAAGCCCCAAUAUGAGGCGCUCUCGUACGCGUGGGGCAAGCCUGUGUUUGCGCAAGAGGUGGAUGUCGAGGGCGCCGGCGUCAUACGCAUCACCAAAAACCUGUCGCAUGCCCUUCGUCACCUCCGCCUUGAGACCGAGCCGCGCACACUCUGGGUCGAUGCCGUUUGCAUCAACCAGGCGGACGUGGCCGAGCGAGGCCACCAGGUGACCCUGAUGCAGGCCAUUUUCAGCUCAUGCGAGCGCUGUCUCGUCUGGAUGGGGCCCUUGAAGCCGUACAGUGACCUAACCGCCUCAGAUGCAGGACAAAGAUGGCGUAAAUGGUGUAGUGACACCGAGGCAAAUGUCGUCGAGGCCAUGGCGCUCUUUGAGCGCAUAGCCGACCACGACGUCAAGCUCCUACGCACCAUCGAUAAAAUGGACGAGAAUGAUAUGGUCUUCAUCCAGGGCCCCCACGCUGACGGUUACUACCUCCCGCGCAAGGAAACGGAGGUGCUCACUGAGCUGUUUGUUUCGGCCGCGCCGUGGAAGCGAGCCUGGUGCGUGCAAGAGCUGGCCUGCGCGCCGCGCCUGUUCUUCGUAGCCGGGGGUGCGACUCUGGACUGGAAGCGCGUCGAGGAUUUUCUGCGGACUGACGACUACGCCGACGCCUUCCACGCCUCCUUUGGGCACGGCAGAGUGCACCCGGCCGUCGAGUCGAUAUUUUCAAGCCCAAAGCGCAUCCAGCAGCAGCGGCAGAUGCUGGAGAACAUGCGGAGGCGAGAGGGCACGGGCAUGUCCCAAGAACACACUGCUCCCAGCAUUGGCCGGGAACAACAGCAGUCCGAGCACCCGGGCUGGGAAAGGCUCAAGUUCAAGAAUCGCUACGACGAAAGAUUUGGCGAGCGGGAUGAGGACAGCCGCGGUAAUGCGUCUACUCUCAUCGACGUGCUGGCGCGCUUCCGGCACCUCGAAGCCUCGGACCCCCGCGACAUGGUGUACGGGCUCCUCGGCCUAGUCGAAGGUCCUUCGCCUGGCGUGACAAUCGACUACAGCCUGAGCCCCGCAGAACUUUUCAUCAAAACCACCACCGCCAUCAUCGACUCUCGGGGCGACCUCGACGCCAUCUGCCAAAACCCCUGGUUUGACGGCCGGCCCGAAAGAAGGCCCCCCAACCUGCCUUCGUGGGCUAUCGACUUCGCCGGCAAGGGCAAGGGCAAUCUGAUUUUUGCCCAGCGUGGCAUCUUCGCUGCUGGGAGACCGAGCUGCCAGACGCCAUGCGAUGUCAAGUCCGUUAUUGCUGGAAGUGAUGCCGCCCAUGUCGCUGGCUUGAGAUGCCACGGUCGACACUUUGGUCAAUUGAAGAGCGCUGCGAUUGGACGGGAUAAGGGCGGCGACACCAAUUUCUUGUUCCCGGAGGAAGUCAUAGCCGAGGCCUUCCCUUCAGGAUACCUGUCCGACCCCAAAAGCCUGUACCAGACCACGGGGGAGCCGGCCAUCCAGGCCUUGUGGCGCACCCUGGCCAUGGACUGCACAGCGUAUCCGAUCCGCAGGCUGACCCUGGAUGAGAUCGAAGCCGAGACGCGGCGUUUUCAGGAGCUCAUGAUGUUACAAGAGGAACCGGCGGGAGAUGGUGAAUCGUGGAAGGAAAAGCGUAUAAGUAUAGGUAAAUCAUACGAGGCAAAAAGGAAGGUAUGGGACAAGAUGGAAUCCUGGAGGAUGUUGCAACGUAACCAGAUGGGAGGGUGGCACUUUUUCAUGACGACCGACGGCAAAUUUAUCGUUGCCCGCAAACAAGCGCAAGAGGGUGACGUCGUUGCGGUCCUGGACGGCGCCAAGGUUCCCGUCAUUCUUCGGCCGACACAGGGCAUGAUUGACGGGGUGGGGUGUUUCACCUUUGUGUGCUCAGCCUACGUUCACGGCUGCAUGGACGGCGAGGAGAUUGAGGGGACUGGGACACAGGACCUGUUUUUGAUUUAA